GAACUACCUCUACCCGAUCUGGUCACCAUACGCCUAUUACCUUUACCGUUACAAAUACCGGAUCACCCUCCGGGAGAAGAUGCUGCCUUGUUAUAAAAGCAUCACUUAUAAGGAACAGGAGGACUUGACACUCCGACCCCGUUGCUGUCUUCAGUGCUCCGAGUCCCUAGUAGGCCUUCACAGGGGCAGAAGCAGCAAGCAGGGUGAUCAAGACCAGCUUAAAGAGCUGUAUUCGGCUGGGAACCUGACGGUGCUGGCUACUGACCCCCUGCUUCACCAGAACCCGGUGCAGUUAGACUUCCACUUCCGCCUCACCCCCCAGACCUCUGCCCAUUGGCACGGCCUUCUUUGUGACCACAGACUCUUCCUAGAUAUCCCAUACCGGGCCUUGGAUCAAGGCAGCCGGGAAAGUUUGACUGCAACACUGGAGUAUGUGGAGGAGAAGACCAAUGUGGAUUCUGUGCUUGUAAACUUCCAAAACAACCGGAAUGACAGAGGUGCCCUGCUACGGGCCUUCAGCUACAUGGGCUUUGAAGUGGUCAGACCAGAUCACCCGGCCCUUCCUCCCUGGAACAAUGUCAUCUUUAUGGUGUAUCCCCUUGAAAGGGACCUAGGCCACCUGCCCAGUGAAACUCCCUGAACAUGCUUAUUCUUACUCUGUGAAGGGCUCGGAGCCUUGAUAAAUGAGAACCAGGGG